AUGGAGAAUAACGCCGCCAACGUUGGAUUAGCAGCCGUGGUUUGCGCUGGAGACGGUCCCCCCCGGGAGAACAAUUUGUGGAGACCGUGGGACAAAACUGAGGGCAAAGCCGCUCAACAGACGGCUCGUUCUGUGCAUGGAGAGAUUUCCAGUGUACGGCCCAAGAUCCAACAAGUCAUCCAUCCAGUCAAGUUGUUCUGGCCAAAGUCGAGAUGUUUUGACUAUCUGUACCGGGAUGCAGAAACGCUCCUGAGAAACUACCCAGUCCAAGCGACCAUCUGCCCCUACCAAGACACCAGCAGCGAUGAAGAAGACGAGGAGGAGGAGGAGGAGGAGGAGGUUGGGGGAAAGGAGCAGAAUUAAAGGCGGACAUUUGAAGAAAAUAAGCUGUUAGCAUGAUAUGAUAUUUAUGUUUCAUUUAAGUUAUUCUUGUACAUACAUGCACAUAGACUUUCAUUUCUAUAACUAACAAACAUGUAUAUAACUAAGUUAUUCAUCAAACGUUCUCUUUGGUAUUUUG